AUGGCCUCGAUCCCCGGCCCACCACCGCUGCCGCUCAUUGGCAACCUGAGGGACAUCGACCUGGCAAACAGCAUCCGCAGCUUCUGUGACAUCGCUGCCGAAUAUGGGCCGAUCGUCAAGCUCCGGCUUGGCCGCACCGAGCCUGUCUUCGUCACGGGCCAUGAUCUGGCCAACGAGCUAUGUUCGCGCAAGGACUUUGUCAAGUUCCCUGCCGGCGCCGUGCGGAACCUGAAGGCGGUGAUGCCCGAAGGUCUCUUUACGGCCGACCAUGGCGAGGAAUUCUGGGAAAUGGCCCAUCGUGUCCUCGUCCCGGCGUUUGGGCCCAUGUCUGUGAGGACAAUGUUUCCUGAAAUGCAUGACAUUGUGUCACAGAUGGCCUUGAGGUGGGCAAGGUUUGGUGAAGAUGAGCCCAUCGAUGCCACUGCAGAUUUUACUCGCUUGACUCUGGAUACCAUCGCCCUGUGUUCUAUGGAUUUGCGCUUUAACUCGUUUUACAAGGACAACCUGCACCCUUUUGUAGAUUCUAUGGUCCGGGUGCUCAUCGAGGCGGCGAACAGAUCAGGUCGGCCAGCGUGGCUGACGUGGAUGCAAUGGAGCGCUAACAAGAAAUUCGACGAGGACAACACCUACCUCCACGAGGUCGCAUUAUCUCUUCUGGAGAAGCGACGGGCGAAUCCAACGGAUAAGAAAGAUCUGCUGAACGCGAUGCUCAAGGGGAAGGACCCUGCCACUGGCAAGAUGCUUUCUGACGAAACCAUCAUAGACAACAUGAUCACUUUCUUGAUUGCCGGGCACGAGACUACUGCUUGCUUGCUGGCGUUCCUUUUUGCUCUUCUGUUGCAACAUCCCGAGGCCUAUCGUAAAUUGCAGCAAGAAGUCGAUUCCGUCGUGGGCGAUGAGCCGGUAACCGCCGAACACAUCAACCAGCUGCCAUAUGUCAAAGCCUGUCUGAGGGAGGCGUUGCGCUUGAACCCCCCUUCUGCAGGCUUCUCCCUCUCCGUUCCGGGCGAGGAUUCGUCAGAGCCCAUACUUCUGGGCGGCAAGUGGCUCAUCCAGCGCAACCAACCAGUAUUCCUCCUUCUACCUGGCCUCCACCGUGACCGCACCGCCUUUGGUGACGAUGCAGAUGAAUUCAAGCCUGAGAGAAUGUUAGAGGAGAAUUUCAAGAAGCUUCCUCCUGGCUCUUACAAGCCCUUUGGGAACGGACUUCGUGGAUGUAUUGGAAGCGAAUUUGCAAUGCAGGAGGCCAUUUUGGCCGUGGCUGUCCUGUUUCAGAAAUUCGACUUUAGGCUCAAGGACCCAGAUUACAAGCUCACCUGGAAGCAGACCCUGACUCUGAAGCCACGCGACCUGUUCAUGUACGCCAAACUCCGUCCGGGAAUAGACCCCCUUACCUUGCAGAGGGAUCUUUUCCACAGCCCUGACGGCAAUAAGAGGUCAGGCGAGUCGUCUUUUCCUCCUGGCACCGAAAAGAUGACCAGUCACCCAGGAGUGGAGAGCGAUCUGGCCCCUAUGUCGAUCUUUUAUGGAUCCAAUACAGGGACCUGCGAAGGUCUGGCAUCGAGGCUGGCAAUGACUGCCCUGCAGCGGGGGUUUAGGUGCAGCGUUCAGCCGCUCGAUGAAGCCAAGAACAAUGUUCCGAAAGACCGCCCGGUUGUGAUCAUCACGUCCACGAUGUACGAGGGCCAGGCUCCAGGCAAUGAAAAAUUUGUUCAGUGGCUGGAUGAAAAGGAUAUUUCCUUAAGUGGCGUCCAGUAUGCCGUUUUCGGCUGUGGAAGCAGUGACUGGAAAGACACAUACCAGAAGAUUGCUGUCCAGAUCGACGAGCAGAUGGAGGAAAGAGGUGCCACGGCGCUAACACAACGAGGCGUGGCAGAUGUGACAGAAGGAAAUAUCACCGGUGACUUUGACACAUGGAUGCAGGACAGUCUUUGGCCCGGUGUGUCCAAGGCAUUCUCAACAGCCACGGUCGACGCAACCACGGAGAGCCUCACUAGUCUACUCCAUAUUCCCUCCAGUGCUUCUGACAAGCAUCCCGACGCGAUCAAGGCCCAGGUGGUGGAAGUCAGAGCCCUGACCGAGCUGGAGGAUCGGCCAAAAUACCACAUGGAGAUCAAGCUUCCCGCCGGGGCGAGUUAUGAGGUGGGCGACUACCUGGAAGUCUAUCCCCACAACACGAAGGAAGAUAUGGACAGCCUAUUGCAGGUGUUACGAAUCCAAGGCCACCAUCUUCCUGAACCGUUGAUAUCAAUAAUGCAUUCGCGCCUCGAGCUGCACCAGCCGGCGAGCUCCAAGCAAAUUCAAACCCUGAUAGAGAAGUGCACCGACCCUGAAGACAGAGCAGCUCUGCAGCGGGCCUCAGCGCAGGCACUAUCCCCCACAGACAGACGACCGUCCAUCCUGCAGCUACUCCGACACUUCCCAAGCAUCAAGCUGCCCCUAGAGAAGCUCGCUCUCAUGCUUCCCCCCCUGCGACCGCGGCAAUACUCCAUCUCAUCAUCACCGCUCGCCAAUCCCUCGUCUCUUAAACUCACCUGGUCCCUAAUCACCCACGCACCCCCGGCAUCUCUACAAGAUGAGCGUCCGACCCUUGGCCUGGCCUCUCACUACCUAGCCGGUUUGAAGGCCGGGGACACCCUCGAGUGCCUGGUGCGCCGCGGCAACCCACGCUUUAAGCCGGAGGAUCCGGCCGCGCCGUCCUCGGCGCCCAUGAUCAUGAUCUGCGCAGGGUCGGGCAUCGCCCCGUUCCGCGCCUUCAUCGAGCACCGCGCCCUAGCGCUGGAGCAGCGCCGGCCCGAUCCCCCGCCACCGCCUGCGCUCCUGUACGUGGGCCAUCGCAGCCCCGAGCACGCACUGUACGCGGACGAGCUGGAGGCGUGGCAGGCGACGGGCGCCGUCGAUAUGCGGUACGCCUACUCGCGGGCCGGGGGCGUGGCCGAGCCCGACGAGGACGAGGCGUUGGCGGGUCACGUGCAGGACAGGGUCUGGGCGGACCGCGAGGAGCUCUGCCGCCUUUGGGAGGACGGGGCUCGCGUCUACGUGUGUGGGGGCCGGGGUGUCAGUCACGGGGUCAGGGAGGUCGUCAGGAGGAUCUAUCGGGAGCAGGCGGAGAAGAGGUGCGGGGCCGGGACGGAUGCGGACGUGGAGGCGUGGUGGGUCGAGGCCUUGCGGGAGCGGUACGUGGUGGAGGUAUUCUAA